AUGGCGGAAAUGGAAAAAACCACCGAAGACCAUGUCGAAGCGGUUGAUGGGGACCUUUCUAAACAAAAGGACCCCGCUGCCGAGGUCGAGGUUAUGGGGACAGUCAAGUUGACUGAAGACACAAUUGUCUAUAUUCCAACUCCCACGGCGGAUCCACGAGGCAUGCCAAUGUAUCCGUUGAACAUGUCCAUUUGGCAGAAAAUCAUCAUUCUGAUUGUGGUUUCUACCUACUCGGCGUUAGGAAACUCUCUCGUCUCCGGAUUUGGAGGCCUAAUCACCUUCUACCUCCCCGAAUACUCCGCGGCAGGAAAGGACUACGCGGCAAUCUCGGCAUUGUUAACAUACCCAACACUAUUCAUGGGAAUUGGAAACCUCAUAGGGAUGCCACUGGCCAUUGCCGUCGGCCGUCGUGUCGUUCUGCUAGUUUGCACGCUGAUCCUGGUCUUGGGCACAGUACUUUGCAUCACUGCUGAAUCGUAUGAAUGGCACCUCGGAGCACGAAUGUUGAUUGGAUUUUCUGCUGGGCAGAGCGAGGCUUUGGUCCCCAUGAUUACUCAAGAAGUAUUCUUCUUACACGAACGGGCAAAGUACCUUAUGGUACAGCAAACUGUGCAGGUCAUCUUAACUACGAUCUGGACUCUGUUUGCGAGCCCCAUUGCCGGUGCCAUCACUCCCCAAGGCUGGUAUGGUCUUGGUGCAGGUCUAGCGGGACUUCAAUUUAUUGUGGCAUUCUUCUUGCUGCCGGAGACUAAAUACGACCGUGAUCUCUCUGCCUACCAAGAGUUCACAGGAGAGCACCGUGCCGAGGAUGAUGUGGAAGCUACGAAAUCCGGAAAGCCAGUUGCUUUAUGCAAGCAGAGACCUGAUUUGGACUUUGUGCGCUACCAGCCGCGAACAUGGAAAUCAGACAUGCGACUCUGGAUCGGGAAACCAGAGUGGCACAAGGCAGCUGAAGUUAUCAAGCAAACAUGUCAAUUAUUUUUCUUCCCAAACGUCUUCUGGGCUUUGUGUCUGAAUGGCCUUACACUAGGCGUCAACGUCGCCAUGGGAACAACAUAUGGCUCUAUCCUCACAGCCGCCCCAUACAACUGGCCCGAUACAAGCGCCAGCUACGUCAACUGCGGACAGAUCAUCGUAGCCCUCAUCGCACUACCCCUUCUGGGCACGGGCUCUGAUAGGUUAAUCAGAAAAUACGCAGAACGCAAUGGGGGAGUUCAUGAGCCAGAAACCCGAAUCGUACCUUUGAUUCUACCCAUUAUCGUCGGAACAAUCACAAUCGUCUUCUACGGACAAGGAGCCGCACAUCCGGAGAAAUACCACUGGUUUGUCUAUGUCUGGGCUAUGUCUGCAUACUACUUUGCUUUUGUUGGGGCCAAUAUCGUGGCUAUUACUUAUUUACUUGAUAGUUAUCCUGCUAGGGCUGGUCCCAUGCUGGUGAUUAUUUGUGCGUUCCGAGGCUUUAUUUCUUUUGGUACGAGCUAUGGAACUACGCCGUUUGUACAGAGUCAAGGGUAUGAUGGGGCCUUUGGGAUAUUCGGUGCUCUUACUGCGGCUUUCGGGUUACUUGGUGUGCCGGUCUUUAUCUGGGGGAAGAAUAUUCGUCAUUUCACGGGUAGGUUUGCGAAGGGCAAGACUGAUUGA